AUGCACUGGCUGCCUACGUCGGUCCGCCCUCGAGGCUGCCACUGGCGUGGCCUACAUCAUGCCCAGGAAGCCGCUGCGCCGCCACGCGUGAGCACGUUGGCCAACGCAGCCGGGCUGGUCGGCCGUUUCUUUGUGUGCUCGGCGAUGCCCAAGUACAAGUGCGAAAAAAGGAUGGUAAUAAAACUGAGCCCUAUGGAAUCGAAAACAACAACGUCAGCGGGCACAGAAGUCGAGUGCAUGGAUUGGGCUAUCAAAGCGGUCAAGAAGCGGAUGAACUCCCGACCUGGGGAUUCAAGGUCGGUGAUUGAAUCUCUGAAUAGGUUCAACGACGCGAUUAUAGAGGGCCAUGAUGAAGUCAAUGGACUGCUGCACGAGACGAACGAUUGGCUAAACGCUGAAAUGCGGCGAGCAGGGUUCCACGAGGGUAGGCUGGAGCCGCUGCAGCGUGGGGGCACAGCGGAGGAGGCAGAGGAGGCGGUGUUGGCAACUGUGCGCGAGGCGGCGCCCCUGGCGGCAGAGACGAGACCCGAGUCGGCGGUUGAGCGUGGCGAGACAAGCGGGCUGGGGCCCAGCGCGGAAGGGGGGGGCGGCGGCCCGGGGGAGAAGGCCGGGGAGGGCGAGGCGGCGGCGGGGGAAGCGGACGCGUGGGAGGCGGGGACGGUGGAGCUGCUGGCGGCGACCCCGAAGCCAAGCGGGCCGGUGCUAGCGAAGGGCGAGCUCGUGUCGUCGCCGUGGUCGCCCUACAAGGUGGCGAAGACGCUCAAGGAGAGCACGAACGCGGCGGCGCCGGAGGCCGAGCGCACGCAGGAGCGGGAGCAGACGACGGUACAGGAGGUGGACUCGGAGAAGUCGAUCAACGAGACGAAGGUUUCGAUGUCGAAGAGCCCCGAGAACACGUUCACGUUUCGGACGGCAGCCGUGAUUCCGCCGAGCCGUGACCGCACCCUCCGGCGGUCCAACAUGUUUGUGCCGCUGCCGAACAAAGAUCCGCUGGUGGUGCAGCCGAUGAUGACCAAGACAAGCCUACUGAAGCAGAGUCCCGUUCUUGCGAAGGCGGCCGUGCUUGCACCUGCGGCAAGCGCUGCAAGCACGGGAGAAAAGCUGCCGGCGGCCUUGGAAAGACCGUCUUUCCAGAGCCAAAUCUCAAAGGGCCGCUCUGCGUCAAUAUUUGAAAGACUUUCCUCCGUCCCCACAAAGUCCUUCGAGAAGAAAAUUGCAUUAAGGUCGCCCCAGUACAUCUCGCGAUCCCCGAUACGAGCUCCGUUUCACUCGAGGCCGCCGUCUCCAGAGCGGCUCAAGGCUCACAACAGCGGCUCCCCCCUACGAAGAGGUUCCACUACGGAACCCUCCGACAGGUCUGAUGAUCAUAUCCAGGCCACGCUGAAGAGCAUUUUUGAUACACAGGUUCCGGAGCUAUCUAAUGAUCAGCCUGCUGGGAGGAGCUCUCUUGCUGCUAAACGGAAAACUUCACACGCUUCGUCUAUUCAUUUACAAAGAAGAUCAUUAAUCCCGCGUAUAGACCGGGCGGCUAUCAUAUCAAGUAACAAUCCGUCCCUUGACAAGAGGGGCAGAAGCAUGACACCCAUUAAAAAGGCAGAGGUCUCGCUGAAGGCCAAGAAGAUGAACCUGAAUCCUUCUCCGCAUCGGGUGAUGAAACCUCGGAACCAAAAGGCCCUCGGCACCUCGCAAAAUGCUUCACAACAGACUCCACCAAAGUCAGAAUUCAGACAACAACUGCAUCGUACAUCCGUGGCCCACGGAUCCAUAUCUGAGACUCAAAUGACGCCCUCUGCUAAAACUACAAAGUCCACCGCUAAGACGCCGUUGACACGGACCCCUGGAUUAUUCUCUGCAAAGCUGGCACCUGUGAAGAAAACCCCUGUAAAGAUGGGCACUUCGGUUACCUCUUUAGUAGAUGAUCAAUUGCAGCAGACAGCCUUGGAGUCGCCGGCCGGAAUCCGACCUACUAUCCACUUUGUCAAGCCGAGUGAAUCGUCGCCUCAGAAUAAAGACCCUAGCAUUCACUUCAAGGGAGCUCGUGAUAGACUGACCAAGUUCCAGUUGCUACCUCAGGCUGGCUCUGAGAAACAAGACUUGAAGAAAAAGCUGGAUAAGAGACUGUCUGAGGUUAUGAGAAAUCAACAGGAACAGCAGUUGCUUCGGCGUCGGCAGGAACAACAGAAGCGGAAAUCGCAGCUGGAAGAUGGUAAAAAGCAUAGGCCCAGAAUAUUUUCAGAAAUAUCGGACAAUACGAGCGCUGCUAGACAAAAGACUCCUGCGAACCCGUAUUUAUCCAAAUUGCCUAACCAAUCUGUUCUAUACGACUUGCAUACCGCUGACCAUAGGGCGAAUGCCGAGCCAGUUCCUGGCCUUCACUUAAUAAACGGUAACUACGGGGGCGACACAACCUUGCCAGAUAUAGGCUCUGACUCAGAAAACGAAUCUGGCUCCCACAAAGUAUUGGCAGCAUGGGCUCAAUCUCCAUUUUUAGAAGAACAGUUGUUGCGUCAGGGGUCAUGGGAUGUGGAACAAAUAUUUGGACCGAUUCCGCCCCUGCACAUAGACGAGAUCUUCCAUAGUUCUCGGCUAUCAAAAUUAAAGUCUAGACAGUCGCUCCCACGGGUGAGCGUAGGAAAUAACAUGGAGUUGAGAUGA